AUUUGCAUCCUAGUAUGAUUCCAAUUCGGUCAUAUCCAUUUUGUCCUUUAAAAACACAAAAAUAUCUUUGUAAAGAUGGCCGAUAUGAAAACCCAGUAAAAGCUGGUGGUGUGGAACAACAUGGUUCAUAUUAUGUUUGGUACUUUCAUUACAAUUUUGAAGAAUAUGAAUUAUUACAAAUAUGGGUUUGA